AUGAUGACUCGACAAGCACGCGAUGGCGUGCUUGGACUUUCCACCGCUCUAAACAGGAGUUAUAUAUACCUUCAGUUGUUGAGACUUGGAGAACAAUUAGGUGAGUGUCAUAACUCUUUUCUUCAAUCGCAUUACUCAGGCUCUCUGCAGCGUUUGUUGCUGUAAGACGGUUUAGUAUUUGCAUAACCCAAAAUGAACGUCUGGCAAAGCACGCGGCGAUGAGUCAUUCUUCGUAAGACCUUAUUGUAACUAUCGACCCACUCGGUUUUUUCUGAAAGCUAAAGGAAGACAGUUUUUUUUCAUACCGUUUUUCGUCACCUUUACAUUGACAAUAUGCCACGAAUUCUCCAUGAAUCUGCCGUGAUACUCUCGGAAGGGUACCUUGUUGUUGUGUCUCGGCCUGUCUAGCUUUUAUGCAAAAGUUUCUUUCUGUAUUCAACAUCACGAUCAUUCAGCUCUGCCUAACGGCAGGAACUGUCGAUGGGCACCCAGAAUAUCACCUAUUUAAAUCUAGGUUUGACUUUUCUACUGCAUAAAGCAAUUAGCUUAUGUGACAUGUAUUUCUAAAAAAGAAAAGACACAAAAGAGUUUUGCCUCAGAUAAAUCGCCAGCGAGCUAUUUCACAAAAUGACGCCAAUCUAUUGUUACUUUUACCAGCUUGGCUUUGCAAAAGUUACAUGGAUCUCUUGUAUGAUUUAGUCCUAUGAAUUAGUAUGAGUAUCUCACAUAACUAGAUCCCAAAGAUUUUUUUGGAUGCAUUGAUUAGAACAGACUAAUGGCAGCUUCUUGGCUAGGGCAGAGAUAACAAUUUAUCAACCCUUAGAGCUUCAAUCAAAAGCUUCAAUACACGAUUUUCUAAAUUUGUUAAAGCAAGUUUCAGUUUAGCACAAGGCUACAUUAAAGAUUAUUUUAUCAGAGAGCUGCAAGGUAUGUUUUAUAUAACAAGGAAACUGUAAUUAUUGAAGAGACCACAGUUAAAAGACAUUAGUCUUAAGCCCUCAGAAGAAAGAUUUUUUUUACCUUUUUAAAUUUUCUCAUUGCAUCUGUUAUUUCUUGUCAAUUUAAAAUCAUUUACUAUAUAUCAGGGAGGGGUUUUUUCAGCUGAAGCAGGGCUACAAAAUCACCAGACUUUCAGAAUAUCUGCAUUAAGCAAUAAGAUCAGACAAAAUCGAAUUGUAAUUUAGACAUAAUCUAUGUGAGUACUACACAGUUUAGCAUAAGCCUUUGAAAAAUCACAGCUCUCUCAAACACUUCACAGGAGAAUAAGGUCAUUGAUUUCUUGCCCCAAAAUCUGUUCCUGAGAGGCCUGCCUUACCACCACUGCAAAAUGACCUAUUUUUAACAGAUUUCUUUUGUUUGUAGGCUCUCAAAACAGCUAGCAAACUAUUGUACCUUGUGGAGACCCAACGACUUGUUACUUCGCGUUUCAUUUCCCGAGGGCUUUUAAUAAUGUCAAUUAGUUUUCCAUCGCAGAUCAAGUUGUUUUUUGUAUCGUUUUUUUGACGAAUUGAACGGAAAUUCUUGUUAAUUUAGGCAAUCAUGAUUUCGACUCUUUGUUGAGUUUUACAGCCGGGAACUUUCGUCUCGUCUUUGCCCCACGUGGGGCGGGGUUUGUGUCUGAUUAAAAGAGUGGUCACAUACGAAGACGGCCGUUACGUUAAUUUUAGCUUUAGGGAAGUGCACAUAGCAGAACACGCUUUUCAGGUAACUAACGCUUCUUUUCCUUAUUACGUUAACUCUGUCGGCCUUUUGGGGGCAAGAAUUUCACCAAAAACUGUAUAAGGAACUUUGUCUCAAGGUAGAAUCCAAUCUGAACCCACAAGAAACCUGUUAAUAUAUUUUCUGUCGCGUUCUGUUUCUGCAUUCUCUUUUCACGGUCAAAACCACAGCGAUUGUGGCAUGCGAAGAUUACACGUGUUUGUCAGCACGGUAAACUGCAAAGUUCAUCUUAGCUGGCCGAUUUUCCAACACAUUGAGAAGUUAAAAUCGAAGUUCGUUUGGUACUUACUACAGCCUUAUAACCCGGCAGGCUGGGAUACUGAGUGUGUGUGUUUCUUCUUAAAUAGCUGAGUGCUCGUCAAAUUCAUCGCUGCAUAAGCACGAUUUUUACCAUAAAACGUUAAGUUUCAGUUAUUUAACAGAAAUAUAAGAACGGGGAAAGCUUGAUAGUUAAAGUUGGGCUUUCACUUUUAUGCAUGGAAAAGCCUUUACACGAUGUACUGUGAUUGUGUUUACAAUUUGUCUGGUUUUAUAAGACACGCGACGCGCUAAUAAGUCACGAUAUGAUUUCCUUGUGCUUCGAUUUUAUGGAACCAAGAGAGAAUGAUGGAACCAAAUAGUUGGCUCAAUAAAUCGAAAAUAUUUCAUGUUUUAGUGAAGACAUUACUUCAAAUUUUCAUUAAAAGUCUCUUGUACUUUCAAGGCAUGAUCAAUAAACUCAACCUCGAUCAAUUAGCAUAGAAUUUUUUACUUUAUUUCUUGUUUUAAAGAGUUGAUAUCCUACUUCUUUUCAGGAGUAAAGAAUAUGAACAAAAUAGAAAUAUAAAUAAAGGAAAAAUACCUACAAUUCUAACAGUUACAUCAGAAAAGAGAUGAAUUGCUAUUCACUUACUAGUCUCCCUAUGGGGCUUCCAUCACAGGCCAGAAAUUACAAGCCCAUACCUUUGCUAAGGGGUAAACCAUUUCUUUGAAAACUCACACAGUUUUUUUCUUCAUCAAAACACGUAAAGGUUCCACAUUUCUUCCCUUACAAAAGAAUCGAAUGAGAUGACCACAACUUCUUGGACAAGAAGAACUUUAAUUUAAUGUCUAGCACAUACACCUAAGCGUUUAGCAACCAGACUGUCGAGUAACUUCGAACACAGUCUUAAAGUUUUUAUCGGUUCGUGCAGAAUAUCGAGUUUAUUCAAGUCUAUACCAAAAUUUAACUUCUUUAGGCAAUUUUGAGUUAAAGAACGAAGUUUUAUUGCAUAGCUCCAGACCUAGUUAUCAGGUUUGGGGAAGACAUGUUCUAUCGACUAAGAAGAACUAUCCUAAUGCUGGCCCCAACACGAGUACUGUUUGGGAAGUUAAACGACACAUUUUUAAGUUCUUAUUUAUUUCCGCCCUCCAUUUUCCGAGUCUUUGAAUUAAUACUAACUUUAAAGAUGAUUUUGAAGCAAAAUCUCGAGGUAACUAUAAUAAUCUCUUCUCGACUAGAAAGCUUCUAGACACACCUCAAGAAUACUGAAUACAAACGUAGUUACAUUUUUCAGUUUGAACUUGAGCAGAACUGUAAGCAAGAAAAAACUAUUUUUUUUCUUGACUAAGGAUUCUUGUUCUUCAUCAAAUUGUUAUAUCUAAAAAUAAUCGUGCGCUUAAGAAACUCCAAAUGGAAAAUUAUUGUUGUUUAAUGGUUAAUGAAUUAUAUUUCUGGGGGUGAUUUAUAUCUGAACACUUAUCAUUACAAGGACAACAAUUCUUGGUCAUCAAGCUCUAAGAACAUACAGGAAGCCUUAUGCAAAAGGACUGAAUUACUAUUUUUUUUAUAAAAGGGAGCAAAUUAUUCUUUGCAUCUUGAAAAAGGAAUAGAGAGUGUAGCUUGUGAUGUAUGGUCGUCAUCCUUUUAUUUUAUGGGCCCGGGAUGCCUUCUCAACUCAUUGAAAAAAGUCGACUACCAAAGCUACGUUCGGAUAAAAAAGCGAAAAGAUUCUAAGGUUACUAUGCGUUUCUUAGCCUUAAGUAAUCAUUUUACUACAGAUCAAAACCAUUUAGAAAUACAAGCACAUGAUUCUAGGGGAGAUAAAAUGUGAAAGAUUUAUUUUAAUCCUUGUAAACACCUUUUCAUCUUGAACAUGAGGUUAUUUCUCCGCUCGCCUGCUACCUCAAUAAGUCAAAUAAACAUCUUUAUGUGGCGGAUUAAGCACAAAAUGGCUAUUCUCUUGGAGAGCUAGAAGCGAGGGUUAGAAUAGGCCGCCAGUACAAAUAGUACUUAAGGCAUUAGUUCUUAUAGAUGAGGAAAAGAUUGUAGCUGUGAGAUCGAUUUUGUGCAUUUUUUAGAAUGAUGCUAGUUAGUUAACAAAUGAUCGUCAGAGAAACCAAACGUAGAAAGCACAAAAUUUAAUAGAAUGUUUAUAUUUUUGUGAUCUUUUGCUUCAGAACAUGACAUUAUCGAUUGCAAUACAAAAAUAUAAAAAUAGGGCAAAAAUUUGCAGGUGCACUUGACACGCUUUGCUUGUGAAUUAAACUUUGAUUCAAGCCGAGCUAUCCUCGGUUCAAACUUUAUUCUAAAUCGUUCCAAAACAUGUUUCAGUAUAGUACAUCUAUCUAGGUAAAGUUCAAAAACUAAAACUGUAGGAAAAGAGCAGACUAUAUGCAAAUGCAGUGACAAAAUUACGAUAGCGAUUUUUUUUGUCAAUCCUCAGUUCGAACACGUUGUGUAGUUGGUUAACUUAAUUAAUUAAGCACCAGAGUUAUUUUCUUGACCAAACGUAAAGUUAAAGUAUUUUUGCAAAUUUUUUCAUGCUUCCACUAGGUAAUACGUGACUCGGCAAAGGGGAUCAACAGAAAAUAUUUAAUUUUAUUUCCCUUUUGUCCACACUGUACAGUUUGCUUUUCGGACAAAUCUAUCAGGAUAGGGUUUGCAUGUUCAUGAUAAUUUAGCAUCAGACUUUGGCUUUAACCUUCCACCAUAUCAAUUCUUGCAGACAGAAAGGUGAAAUGUAAUUUUAUUGACACACAACACUUGGAUGAUCAGAAACUGUCUACCUGUUUAGCCAAGAGCGUUUCAUUUACUAUGCAAACAAGAUUACUUUUCUGCUCUCCUUUCAAGACUCAUCAAAUCUUUUUUUUUCCCUGUUUCUGCUGUGAGUAAACUGUUAACAUUUGAUACAGUUUGUACAUCAGAACUCUUUAGCUUUUAUUGUGGUGAGUGAAUGUGAUUUUCUUUUACUGAGCAGUUAAUUCCUGUGUCAUUCAAUUUUGUUCUGCUGUCAAGGUGUUUCUAACAAUUGUAUUUCUGGUCGAAAGCCUUGAUUGUGAAUUUGCAAAGCUUUUCUUCCCAGCUGUGAGGUCUUUAAUGCUGUACACGUUCUCGGUACUAACAAAGUAGGGUCCUCUUUGCGUUAUGUACUAUUCGUGUAUUGUCUACUUGUCUAAUACAUCAUGGAAAAGGAGACACGUUCUGCAAGCAGGGAUCGGAGUGCUAGCAUAAAACCUCUGAAAAUGAAAUCUUUAUAAUCGACGUAAUACUUGAAUUGUUUCAAAUAACAUCUUUCUGCCGGACCAUUUAUUUUUAAUCUCUUUCUCCAUAGCAAAUUAUUCAAGAAGAAUAGGAACUCCGAAGGCUCUCAGGAGAAUAAGAAGAUGAAUUUUUCGCAACUAUAAUCAAAUAGCCUUAAAGAAAUACAGAGUACUCUCAGUCCACCAAUGAACUGGAUUGUGAAUACUAGAAUUGAAAGAAUAUAAUAGGACGUAUUUAAAGUGUUCUGAAGAGGAUUUAAUGGUCUUUUAAAAUUUUAAACAAGAUGCUGCGAUAUUAAGUAAGAAAACAGUUUAAAAUUUAGGUCACUACCUAGAAAGUUGUGAGAUAUUUUGCAAAUCAUCGGAAGUUUUUUUUUUGAUAACUACCAUCAUUUCGUCUCUUGAGAAAGUAAAAUAUCACAAAAUUAUCAAAACCAGAGACGAAAUCGAUCAGGUCAGAAAGAUACCAUCUCUGAGAUAAUUACAAUUUCUCUACUGUCAAGUUUUUCUUCCACUUAUAUACACCACCAUAAUGGCUAAAAAUUACAUUUGAUAAAAAGCAACCAAACAAAGAAUCGAUUCAUUGUGCCAGUCUUUUAAAGCAGGUAAAUUGAAGUCUUGUGUGCUUCGUAUGAAUAUCCAACACAAUUAAAGGCUAAUCUGCCUUGAUAAGUUUCAAAACUGAGAUUUUGUGUUCUCUACCCUCUGAGCAGAAGAGUAUAGGAGAAGUGAUUGUAAUCAUAAUAGUAGUUAUCUUAUAACUAAUGACGAUGUAUCUUCAUUUAUAUGAUAUUAUACACAUCAAAUGCUAAUUCAAGUAAAAAACUCUUUUAACAACAUUGAAGGUUGAUUUACUGAAAGGAGCUAUCAGAAAAAUGUGCUUAAAUACGGUUAAGACAAUAGCCUAAAACAUUUGCAAUAGGGAAGUGGCAUGACAAAAGCCUAGCUGAAAAAUAACUUAUCUCCUAGCGAAAUAAAAAGAUUUUUAAGGUUGUCUUUUAGAUUUUAGAGUUCACAGGGCCAGGGUUAAAACCUUAAAGUGACUGUUUAUUGUUUCGUUCGGUCCUAAACACUUUUUCUAGCUUUGGAUGCAAGGGAAGUAUUUUUUAAUUAAUUCCUCUUCAUUUUAAUAUUUAUUAGCUGGCGAACUUUGAACCUUGUUAGCGAACUUUUUGUUACUAAAAUUUGCCAGUUCAAUUGUCCGCGAUCCUUCAACUCUAAAGGAUGCGUUUUCCAUUCAUAUUCAAGCUAUUUACAACCAUCUCUUAAACGUACAAGUCGGAAGUGUUCGUUUUAAUUUGUUUUCCCAUUCUGGUUUGAGUUCAACGGUCCGGAACUAGGAGCUCACGCGACACGUGGGCCGGGAUGGUCGGUUAGAUAUAAGAGCGCGGUCACAAAUAACGCAGCUACAUUAUUUAAGGCCAGAACUAGGAGAAGUCGACAUUGCCGCACACACGUUUGAGGUAUUUGGUGCCCAGCUUGAUAAUAUAAUCACCUUGUUUUCGCUUUUUAGUGUAAAAAUCUCUCUGAAAGCUUUAAAAAGCAUAGAAUUAUUUGAAUCGAUAUGACACCACCUAAUAGAGCUUGUGUCGGGUUCUGUUUGCACAGUGUACUUUCCUGAUGAACUGAGGCACUCACUUGGCACGUAGCAUGUGAACAUUACACGUGUAAAAACGUACGCGAAAAGCUUUUUUAUCAUUCGUCAAAGUUCAUCCAAGUUAGCCACUUUUUUUACACUUCUGUGAGAAUUCAAGAAUUCAGGUAACCUCGGAUUAAGCCAUGAAAUUACAUACCGUAACAAUUUUCCUGCCAAAGUGUUUCUCGAAUCAUGGGUGUGCAAGGUUGCUGUUUGAAGUUACAGUACCUUCACUUUUACGUAAAUAAGUUUUAUUCAAGAAUUGGGUUUCAAGAGUACUGCUUACAUUUAGCCGUAUGUAAAAGCUUUUUACAUUAGCUGCAUGGUUUGAAACCCUAACUGCAUGAUUGUGUUUAUAGUUCGUCUGGAGUUAGUUUCACACGCGACACGCAAGCGAUUAAGGUCUUGCUUCUAUUUCGAUUGUGUGUAGCAAGAAAACUAAAAAAGCCUGGUAUAAAAAUCACUUACUGUCGGAUACAGCAGGAAGAUUUUUAUCAAAAUGUUUAAUCAAAUUUUACGACAGAAUUUCAUCAGUGCAGACAGACCAGAUGGUAAAGAAAGCCCGCUUCGUCAGUAAUUGUAAUAUAUUGAAUAUUCAACUCUUGUUUGUAUUCUUUUGGCGAAAACGUUUUAGCUUCUUGUCCUUUCAGAGAUGAAGAAGAGAAUUUAAAAAAGAAUUAAAGACUUUUACAGAGGGAAAAACUAUCAGCGGUGCACGAUAGCGCUGCUUAAGAGAUGUUCAGACCGGAGAGGAUCUCAAUUCUCAGACUAAAAAGAUGGAUAACUCCUUCGAAGAGAUAUGUUUCAGUCGAAGGAAUGAAGGCUUUUCAAUAAACCAAUGUUUUAGCAAAAACUGUGUUAAGAUUCUAAAAAACAUAGCUUAAGCAAUACUGAAAAAACAAUAACGAUCAUUCGCUUUGUACUAUAAUCUUUCAACAAGAACAAUACUCAAAGGCGUCCGGCUCAGUGCUAAGAAUCUCUUCGGAGGCUGUAAACAAGUCUUUUAUAUAGGUAUGCCUUUCCAAUCGAUUCAGAAGUGUAGGAAAAAUAGGCAUUUACCGAUAUAAUUAUUAAGUUUUAUUUUAUUAUUUAAAAUCACGCAUUUUGUUCUGAAAGCUUGAGGUUGAAACAAGUUGGUAUAAUAGGACUAGAGAUCAGUACUGAAUCAACGCAAACACUAGACGAAGAAUAAUUUUGAUCAUUCAAACACGUGCUUUGAAAGUAAAACCACGUCGUUUUCUGCAAAGUUUUUUAAUCUUUCCAGCUUGUUGAUUUUUCGUCUACGUUGUUAGGCUGACUUUUAAGAUGACUGUAUGGAAGAAAUGUAAGGCGAUAAAUACCUUCUCGAUCAAAAUGUACUGUGCACUCUGAAGGAAGGUCAGAAUGAUGUAGUUCACUCAGCAGAAUAGUUCACUAGUCUGGAGUUAUCACUAUAGACCUAUAUAUAAAUGUUCCACGCUCUUUAAUCACCAACUGAGGUUUUGGCACUUGCUAAGAAAUGAACUAAAAUGCCUUUUGUAUAAAAAAAGAGAGAUAGAUAUUUCAUUCUGUAAGCACACAACAGUUUGAUGGCUCGAUCUUCUGAUUCCACUAUUUGAACAUGCAAUGAGCAGCUGCACAAUUUUAACUGCAACUUGCUAUAACAUCUUUAAGUUCAUUUUGGAGGAGACAUUUAAGAGAUAAAAAGGCUGUUCAAAUUCGGAUUUCCUCUCUUAAGGAAAAAUUCAAAUGAUAAAGAAAGAGUUUCAUGACUGGGCUUUCUUUGCUGUGUGUUUACUUUCGGAAAUUGUGCCUCGCCUUUUCAGUACAUUUUACAGGUAAAACACACACUUCGUUACUUCGUUUUCCAUAAAAGAAGUUUUGCGGUUCUUUGAAUCGUAUCUGUGAGAUCUUAGUAAUCAUUUUACUAUAUAUUUCUACAGAGUAAGAAUUAACAGUUUUGAGAUACCAGCACUCAAAUAUAACAAGGCGAGAUCAAAAGGAACCCUCGAUCUCCUUGUGGCUGGAACACAACAAGUUUAAGUUGUACAGUUAUUCAUGUUUUGAGAACAAAAUAAAAGGAAAAAAAAAGGCCUUCAAAAAACUUUUACAAGCAAAGCUUCCUUUUGCAUUGAAAGCAAGGAUAAGAAUUCGUAAUUUUAUGGAGGAAAGGUUGCCAAAUGUAAGACAAAUAGCUAGAACUUAAGUCAAGAAUUCAAAUAAUUAGUUAUUGAGGGAUCUCGUUUUUCUUCUCAGUUUUUGUAAUAAACCAAAGCUCUUAUAAAACGGACUAUUUUAGUUGUUUGUCUAUAAGCAAAACGUUCUCUCGCUAUAAGAAACUGGCCUUGUGAAGAUCAGACGAAAAAGAUCAAAGGCGAUCAACUUUUGUUUGUCGGGAGGUGUGCUCUUGUCACAACCUUUAGUGAUCAUAAACGUGAGUUCAAGAGCAACUCUUGAAUCUUUUAAUAACUUGAACACAAUGCAGUUUGCACAAUUGUUUCGUUCAUUUCUAAGCAAAAAAGAAGAAGAAGGAGAAGGAAGGGUUUCAGAAAAUAUCUACAAGCAAAGCUUUUCCCUGAAUUGAAAGCAAGGAAUGGUCUAUUAAUUUUGAUUUUAUGGAGAAAAGUAGCGUGUCAUGCAAAUGGUUCUGGAUUCUAGAAUAGAACUAAGUCUUCCUCUUAGUUUCUUCUCCUCUUCUUACAAAUCAAAGGCUGGGUUUUAUAAAGAACGUUACUUUAAUAGUUUAUCUAUUAGCAAUAAGUUGCUACAGCCGGAAAACUGGUCUUGGAAGACCAGACGAAAGAGAUCAACCAGAAACUUUGAUUCAUUGUGUGCUCUUGGCACAACUUCUACUGAAUAUCAAUAAGCAUACCGAAAUUGUAUGUCUCAUUCCUUUCGGGACCAGCAAAGUUGGAAAUACUUCCAUUGAUCAGCAGAACCAUAUUGUAUAUUUUACUAACAUGAUUGAGGUAAAAGAGUUGCAAGUAUCGUGCCUGAUGACUCACUCGAUUUCAACUGAGUUAGUUAAAGAGAAGUACUUUACAUAUAAAUUUUUGGAACAUAGGAGGGAGGUAGGUCAGAAUGAAAAUACCAUUUCUUUCCUGUUUUUCUGCUCUUCGUAGAGAAUGGGAAAUGUUUUGAUCAAUUUUUUUCUUUGAAAGACCCACUCUCCCUGCUGGUAAGUUUCUUCCAAGUUAUGUAUAUGUUGUGUUCCAAGCUAAAAAGGUGAAUGUUACAAUUUUUCCUACAUAAUUAUUUUAAGCACUUCAAACUUGCUGUGGAAUUUAUAAAUAAGAAAUACCAAAAUGUGACCAUUUCGGCAAAGGAAUUUUACAAAACAAUCUCUUUUCAUAUUGUUUGUUGUGCUGUAUAGGAUACUACGACCCGCAGUCGCAAAUAUUGAACGCCGGAAAACCUCUUUGGAAAACAAAGCGACACCUACAUGUACUCAGCAAAGCUUCGUUCUUCUAAGGUUGUUUAUGCGAUGUAUAAGGUAGUUUUAGCGUUUGAAUAUAUCGAAAGGACUUCAAAGCUGUUAUCAAAUGAAUUUUUUGGAAAGCAGUUUCGUUGGGGAUGUGUCAAUAUUCCCUCUCCGUCUUCGGACCACACGCUUGCUAUUGUCUUUCGCUGUCCGCGUAAAGACAAACGAUAUGUCACGCUUUUAAACAGGCUGUUUAGUAGUAUUUCAAUUCAUAGGAUGGUAAUUUCCUGCCUUUAAAAAGGAGCUAAGGAAAAUUUAACAGACUCUUGGUUGACCAUUAUGCCGGUUUUCGCCGUCAGUUAAGGUUAGUUCCGCGCUAAUAUGGCCGUGUGAUAUUUGCCCAGAGAAUUUAAGAUCAAAUCUCAGUAAAAAAGAAAACGGACAACAUUCAAGUCACUGUCUAGCCUAAUUUCUGGCAUUUUGCGGUUUCUCAAUCAUUAUUUUUUCCGCUUUUCCUUCGUCCAAAAAAUUUCAUCAUUGCGGAAUAGUUAACCGGGAUGAAAGCUACACUUGAGUGCAAAAACCGAGUCUCUCGAUCCCGCACGCAAAAGAGAUCAAGAAUGGCACCUUGUAUUACUUCUGGCGUAAAGAGCAGAGCUUUGUAGCUACUGUAUAUAGUCAAAUUUGAGCGUUCAUAUGUGCUGGAGGUCCAGCUUGCUAAAUACACGACAAGGUGAAAGUACUAUUUGUCUGACGCUUGGAAUACUACGCCGUUCAAUGAAGGUUCUUUCAAGUAUGGAACUGCAAGACCACGGUUACAUGGGUUAAAAUUGCCUUGCUCAGCAGCAUCAUUUCAGGUGUGAGACUAAAGGAAUCGUAACAGGAAAAGGUUAAAUAAAUCGUUUUUUUCAAAUGAAAAACUUUUAGAUUGAAUAUCGUGACAAGAAUACAAGAGAGUUCGGUCAUAAGAGCAAGAUUCCCCAAAGCCUCAAACAAUGUGUUCCGUCUCGGCGGUGUUUCUUUGCUAGCAGUGUAAAAACUGAUCAAGUAGUUUCUUUCGAUUUUUAAAUAUCUCUUAUUUUAAUGCGCAUGUUUCUACUCUUUCCAAAGAGGGUAAAUUGUUAUAGUUUUGGAAUACAAGAAUGAAGUGAAGGGAAGCAAGAGGUUUCGUUCAGUCUCACAGAUAACGUUCAUGGGAUAAGCUAGUUUAAUUGACUAUACCCACAAACCCUAUGAUUUAUAAAAUUUUGUUGCUGUUAUCCUAGAUAGAACUAAUAAGCGUACAAACUAAAUUAAAAGAAAUCUUAGAGGACGAAGGAAGGUAGGCUAGAUCAUUUCAUUGGUUACCUCGGUGCUAAUGGUCUUUUUCAGAAAAAGAGGAGCCAUUGUAAUGCUGAAUACAUGUGGAUUAAUUUUAAAGGCCUCUAUGAGAGCUCGGCGAUUCCGGUGCACUAGAUGCAAGCUUUCAAAUGAUACUGAAAAGUAUUAUUCUAUUAUUUCGCCCCGAAUAAGUAAAGUGAUGUUGUAUGUUCCUAAUAUUUUCAGGUCUACUCUUUCUUUCGUUGGGAGCGUUCGUAGUAGUAUAAGUUUGACAACCUUUGAACCUUAGCUAUUGUCAAAAUCUCGGUUGUAGUUACUAAAAACGUCACUAAACUUCGUUUGUUUAUGACAAAAACCCUAGUCUAACCGUAUUCACAUGAACCUAUAAUGAAUUUUCCAUCAGCCUGUAUUAGUUAAUGCGUGAAAACAUUUUUUCUCUAGUCGGGUCUCCAGUCUGCAAACUACACCCAUAUUACAUGACAUAUAAUGCUUCCUUGAUACUUUUACCAAAAAAGGUGUGCUCAAUUGCACGCCUGUUAACUUUUUCGCUUCUCAGACUCGAUUUAGAGGCAGUAAUAUCCAAAGGCUGCUGCUCUGAGCACAUUGUAAGCCGAGGUUAGUUAUAAUUUGUGUUGUAUAUGAACCAUGUUUAAUUUUUCUUUAUAUCGUUUGCUCAAGUCUGCGCACUUUCACAUCGUUCAAUUCAAUGAGCUGUUGUUUCACAAAGGUUAAAACCGCCCUUUUCCCGUUGUUGAUUGGGGAUUUUUCGUCAAGGUCGAGCAAUGUAUAUGAAGUUUUUCUAAUAGGAAAAAUUUGUCCUUAAAUAGGUUUGUUUCGUUGAAACCGUUUCCCGAAUUGAUAGCUGAACCUUUGCAUGAGAUACUCGACAAGUUGCCAUCAUCGUGGCCUACUGUGGAUCAUAUCCGAGUCAGUAAAAUCGGUUUUCAAAUGCUACGUGCAUAUGUAAAGAAAAAUUUCAAGCUUUUGCUCGUUUUUCAUUCCUUUUGCAGAAUUAAAGUUUCGAAAAUUUGUCAGUAUUUUUGUAUUGAAAAGUCGGUUAAAACACUGUGGAUAUUUUUAGUUGGUCUUAAUUAAGCGACGGCACGCCUUAUCUCGGUUUAAUAGUUUGACACGGAAGCAUUCAUUUUUCAACAAAAGAAGUUGAUCUUGGUGACUUCAAGUUUAUGGUCUUAUCAAUAGAAGUACAAACUCGAAUUGCCAAAGAAAACAACACAUUAGUCUGCUUAAUUUCGAUAUGAAACAUGGUAAAACCUAGGGGUGCAUUUUUAUAUUCGAACUUAAAUGCACGGCUUAAUACAGUGGAACCUCGAUAUAUUAAACGAAGUGCCAAUGGACUGGCAAUAUUUGUUUGCUAUGACGAAGUUUCGUUAUAUCGAGGUUUUUUUUCCACAUAUUUUACUAUUUCUGGGGUAAAUAAAAUCUUUCAUUAUACCGAAGACCUCGUUAUAUAGAGGUUCGUUAUAUCGACGUUCCACUGUACAUAAAUAACGCCCCGAAUAAAGAACUUUUCUCAGUAUGGCUUUGAUAGCUUCCAUAAUUCACUCAAAUUAAAAAGGUUAGUGCCACAGCUUUACCCAGCUGCUUAAGGCCUUUUAAAAGAACGCCUUUUAUGGUCGGAAUUAACAUCGCCCGUUUUCUAAAUUUUACAAAUAACUGAAGUUUAAAGAAAAGAGAAACAACUCACUUUCUAAAGUAAAUUUAGCGAGCAUGAUUAUCGAGGGAGUUUAACCCUCUGGACACUUUAUUUUACGUGGUAAAUAGUCUAAAUAUGCGUAGCCAUUACGGCUAGUUUACAGAUAUUCUUCGGAUAAAAUUAGGGCAAAAGCUAAAUACAAAAUUCAAAAUGUGAAUUACUAACUGCAAAGACUAUGAAUUAGCUAUGAUAUAAUAAUCUAAAAUAAAAUGUACCUUAACCAGAAAUAUGUUUUAAUGGCAAACGUUAUAAAAAUUCUAAACCUUCAUUGCAAUCCAAUAUUGAGCGGACAUUCGAAGGCCGGAAAAACCUGUAUUAAACAACUACCGAAGGAUACAUCACAAUAUUUUGUAUCACACUCAAUAUCUCAUUUACUCACCUGAAGGAGGUUAUCUUUGUUAUUCUCACUUUGUCUUUCUAGCACAUUGUACGAUAAUUUUUAAUAACUUAACUUUGUGUAGGGUGGGGGGAGGGAGAACUACAAGAAAAUUUCAAAAAGGAUGUACUGUUUUAUGAGGGAACCCAGAUAUUACAGAAAAAUAUUAAUACUGGAUUACUGUCCGGAGAGCUUCUGUCCAUGAUUGUAGGUUACGUUUGGUUUCAAAAACCUCUUUCACACUCUAGCAGCCUAUUCAAGGCGAAGGGUGCAGAUACUCUGCUUAGCUUCUCUUUGCGCCUUUCCACUAUCUUAGAACUCCUGGGUAAGGCUAGCAUUCAAGUAAUAAUUUUAAAACCCGACAGUAUUUAGAAAAAGUUAGGGCAAUGAAAAUGUCUUCACCCUGAAUGAAACAUUACUGAGGCAAGAGUUUGGAAAGAUCUUUGAAUUGAGGCUUCUCUGACCUUACUUGUCUGACUUGCAGUUGACCUAAGUUACUAUAAAUCCAAAUUUAGUAGUAAUUCUUGAACUUGUGAUUUCUUUUCCAACAGGCAGGGAGUCAUCGUAACUUGGCUAGGAAGUGGAAAAGUGAUUUAAAAUUCUAGCAGCUCAUGCGAUCCCGUAGAUCCGAACUUGUGGGUAUUUUCUCCACAGGUUGGGCUCUACGGUCAUAUUUGCUGUAAUAUAACAUGAUGAGGAACAUCUUAUAUUUCGUUUUCAAACGAGUAAAUGUCGUUUGUUGAGAUGUAGACUGUCUGUUAGACCAGCGCUGCAAGGACCAAAGGCACGAAUAACUAGUGGGUCUAGGGGCAUAUCAACACAGAAAAGGAAAGAGAGCAAACGCAGUAGACGUGAAAAGCGCCUCGUCUUGCCUUAUGCUAUAGCUAUAGCUGUUUUAUACAGUACUAUGUAACUAUUUUAGUAGUUUCUUUGGUUAUUUGUAAAACGGAGGAACUCUUUUUAAACCAUGUCAGGAGGUAUUCAAUUGGGAAUGAAAGAAAUUUGGGUAGAAGAGUAUAAAAAUAAACUACUCAGUCUAUUAGAUUAUAACCAAGAGAGAACUCGAGCAUUCUCUCUUGAUUAACAUUUUUAUUUGCACCUUGCUGUAGAAGCGGAUUGAGUGAUCUUCUUUCAGGAGCUCAGCUCCUGUCUUUGUCUAUUUAUUAUUUGCUACUAAAAUUGCGCUGGGCAGAUUCAUCCCAUAAUGAAUUUUUUAUUAUUUUGUGUCGAAGCAAACAGAGUUCCCUCAAAGUAACACUCUUGCCUAUCUCAAUACAUUUGAUCAGUCGUAAAGGAAUUGAACAUGAAGCGUAAAUAAAUUUACUUUUGAUUUACCUUCUAACAUCAAAUUUCCUCCCUUUCCAGAGCAAUUUUUAAACAUAACAACUCCAUUUUCUUUCUCAUUCAAAACAUUCUAAGAACCAUCCAAAAAUUCUUUUCAAAAUUUUAGACGAUCCGGCUUUAUAAUGAAAUGAAUGGAAUGGAAAAAUUAUUUUUUUAGACUUAUGCCAUGAAAUUCAAUGUUAGGAAUUUUUGGAUAGACUUAAAUCUCGGGAGAACAGUUGAUAGAAAUAUCCUUCUUUAAUGCUCUUUUUGAAGUCGUAAAGUUGCUUAACCUUUUGUAAAACAUACUACAUCGUUGUCUUGCAUUUCUAAAACGGGAGAAACUGUGAUUGUCAUUUUUACGGGUAAAACUUAGGAGAACGCUGAAUGUGUUAAGAUUCUGGAUCAUUUGGGCAAUAUAUAGUCAGUGAUGAUUUGAACUACAUCCAUUACUGGGACUUUUUUCUUGAAACUUUUGAUGACUGUCGUUAUUCAAUGUUUUAGUCCAGUGUUCUCCAUUGAAUAAACAGUAACACGUAAUAAAUCGCUGCUGAGGACUGUAUGCUUGGCUACAUGCCGUUUGAAAAAAUUGCUGUUUAAUAGAACAAUGCCUAAAAUUUUCUUAACCUAAAUGAGAAAAAUUUUAAAUCUUUUCAUUUCCUUUUGUAGUGCUUGUAGAACAUCCCACGUUUUGACAAAUCUUCAUAUUUUAAAGGACCUUCAAUGCAAAUGAACAAAGUUACACGAUUUCGUGAAUAAGGAUUUUUUUUAUGAUUUAAAGGCAAAUUUGCAAUAAAAACACCUGCAAAAAAAUAGUGAUAACUUGUAACUUUGUUUCAAAGCAUCGCAUGCGUAGUCAGAUGUAGAGACUUAAUUAGUUUGGAAGUGUUAAUGUGGUUAAGUAAAUACAGUAAAAACCCGCGACUAACCCGCAUUUUCCUAAGUUAGCCUCAACAGGUACUUACAUUACUUACAUUAACCUUUUCACUGCCAGAGAGGAUGAUGGAGUUUUGUAAGGCGACUCUAACUUUUGAGUCUACGGACGAAAUCCUGUGAUGUGACCAUUCAAAUGAAAGCUCUCUGCCUGCACUUACACAUGGUGCUAUUUGUUUGUCAAAAUUUUAGAAAUUGAAAUUUGGAAUUUUGGUCGAAAUUUGCCUUUGGCCCCAUUUGGCAGUGAAAGGGUUAAUGUUAAUUAGCACAAAUUUAGGCUAUUUAGGUUCUUAAAUAUAGGGUCUUAUUUUCUGAAGAAAAAAAUAAAUUGUAGCUAAGAGCAUUUAGUGGUGUUCAGCUUAUUCCUUAUAGGAAAACUGCAGAGAGGAUCCUGAGUAGUGACUUAUCAUAUUUGCCCAGUUGUACAGAAUUUUUUCAAUAUACUAGAUUUUAGAAAAUAAGGACCUGUUUCAAAUUUUAGGCUAAACAGGUUCUUGUAUAGAGGGGUUAAUUAUCCUGACAGGUUCUUAGUCGCGGGUUUCUACUGUGUUACAUUUUUUUCGGAAUCGCGAAAUAAAGAAAUGACAAGAAAUACAAAGACAAACUGCAAAAAUUGGUUGCCAGUGUGAAAACGGAUGGAGGUACUUAACGUUCCAUGCAUUGUACUAUACUAAUGUGUUCUUAAAAAUAUACUGUGGUUGUUGUAAAAUAUGGGCUUUCACUGAACAGGUAAAACAGUUAUAAAGGUAUUUUCAAGUCAGACUUUGACAUCGAUCACUCGUUUUCCGGUUUAUUACCACUAUCCUGUACUAGACACUUAGAGCAGGUUGACUAGAAAUGUUUCACUAACUAUUCAAUUGGUGAUAUUUUCUGCAGCAACAAAACAGUACAGUUGCUUCCAUUGUAUGAGAAAUGGGAAGGUAUAGUAGGUUACGAUUUUCCAUUGUGAUGAAUGCCAGCCUGUCUUGUGAAUCGUAAGGCAAAGUGUGAUUGUUAGAUUCUGUAUCGCAAGUUUUUAAAUAAAUAUAUAUGUGAAUUUUUUAACUAUUCGUGUCGUGUUUUGCUUAUCGUAAGUAAGGAAUUCCUGAUAUCUUUACCGGAUCAUUUUACGUUCCUGGGAAACUGCCCACCUACCCCUCCCCUAAGCCAACAUUUUGCCCUAAGUGAGCUUCUAAGUGAGAAGAAAGUGUUAAUGCUGGCUUAGAGGAGGGGUAGGUGUGCAGUUACCCAGAAACGUAUGAUGUCUUUACGUUCCUUUAGAAGGAAAAGGAAAUGGCCUGUCUAAUAUGAUGUUUGUUGCGUGCGUCCCCUAAGAAGUAGACUGCUUGCAAUCUGUCUUUUUCAUGUCUAAAAACUGCCGCAGAAGGAAGCAAAAAAAGCGAACGCAACAACGUUUUAUGCGAGUGGUAAGCAUCGAAGCCGUGGUUUGUUACUGGCCUCGAGUUUUGCGGGUGCUUGCCGCUUACCUAUCGUGCUUCUUUUUUGCUUCGCUCCACAGAUUUUGGAGCAAAAGCGAGACUGGUCGCAAUGGGUUAUCUUCAGGCGUAAAACAGGAUCCCUCAUCACCCUCAUGAUUCGUGUCUGUUACGUAGCGGUGGCUACUGGACCUUAUUUCAACUUUUCGUUUUCAUCCAGGAAAGGUCCUAAGACUUUUCCAAAAAAGGAAUCUUUUCUCCGGGUACUCCAGUUUUCCCCUCUCCUCAGAAAACAUAAUUUCCAAAUUUUAAUUCAACCAGGAAUAUGGUAGAAUUCUUUCGAGGUUGUUAUUAUUUAAGUAUUAAUGGAAUGAAAAUAUUGAGGUCUUCGUCUAUCAGAACGUAUAACAGGGUCAGGUGAUAUGACGCGUGAUCAAAAAUUAAAAAUAAAGGAAGUUGGUGAAUCGGUGGCGAAUGCUUUUUGUGUGAUUAGAUAAAAUUGCGUUUCUGAUAAAAGAGGCCAUUGAAAUGACAUUUUACGUCACGAUUUUUUUUCUGUGUACCAAAUUUUGGUUCAGUUACACCCUCUUUACCAAAGUGAACGCUAACGAACCAUUUUUCCCAUUCACCUUCAAUUUCAGGUCUUAAAUUGAACUUCUUGUAAUGAAAAUUUGAGAGGAAAAUGAAAUUUUUUGAAGCCAAUGAAAAGGCGUCAUUUUUAAAAAUCAUUUAAAACAGAUCUCCAGCGCGGUUUGCUCUCUGCUCUGUGCAAAAUUUGGGCAGCUCUUUGGCUCACCUUCCUUCACAGUGAACACUGUACACAAUGACUUAGCUUCAAGCUAAGUUUUUACCAAAAAGUACGCGGGAAACAUGAAAUUUUGAAGGGUGUGGUGAAUCGAACCUCCAGCCUCGUCCCCAGGGCGCUUUCCGCGCCCCACUUCCAAAGCCAGGAAAAAGCGCCCUGGGGACGAGGUUGUGGAACAUCGAUAUAACGAACCUCUAUGUAACGAAGUCCUCGGCGUAACGAACGCGUUUCUGUACCCUAGUGAAAGCAAAACAUGUGAAAAAGAACCUUGA